AUGGGUUCGCCGUCGUCUGCCUCCAACAUUUACGACUAUAUCCUUGUAGGCGGCGGAAUUUGCGGCUUGGCCCUGGCGUCGAGGCUCUCGAGACUCCUGCCGCCUUCCGACACGAAACAAGUCCUCGUCCUCGAGCCCAGUGUCGAUCCAGCGACUGUGGACUCAGAACACAUCCUCUCAUCGCAGACCUCGCAUUUGGCAAGAGAGUUGCGGCAGAGCUAUCAACUGACCGUUGCGCCUAAUAGGAACCUGGGUGGUAGGAGUGCGACGGUCCCUAUGGGGAAAGGCCUCGGCGGCAGUGCUGCUAUUAACGGUGGCGCAUGGACGAAAUGGCUCCAGGAGUGA